CGGGGCGGCAGCGGCGCGAGCGCGCAGCCCCCGCGCCUCUUCCCUCCGCGCUCCCCGCUCCAUCUGGAACCAGGACGUGGAUGUUACAUGAAGACCCUGUGUGGACAGUAAUGACCGCACGUUUCCGAUUGCCUGCUGGCAGAACCUACAAUGUACGAGCAUCUGAGCUGGCACGAGACAGGCAGCAUACGGAGGUGGUCUGCAACAUUCUUCUCCUGGAUAACACUGUACAAGCUUUCAGAGUUAAUAAACAUGAUCAGGGCCAAGUUCUGUUGGACGUAGUCUUCAAGCAUCUCGAUUUAACAGAGAGAGAUUACUUUGGUUUACAGUUGGCUGAUGAAUCUACUGAUAACCCUAGGUGGUUGGAUCCAAACAAACCAAUCAGGAAACAAUUAAAAAGAGGAUCUCCUCACAGUCUGAACUUCAGAGUUAAGUUUUUUGUAAGUGACCCAAACAAGCUCCAAGAAGAAUAUACAAGGUACCAAUACUUUUUGCAAAUUAAGCAGGACAUUCUAACUGGAAGAUUGCCCUGUCCUUAUAAUACUGCUGCUCUUCUGGCUUCCUAUGCUGUUCAAUCCGAGCUGGGAGACUACAACCAUUCAGAAAACUUGCCAGGCUACCUCUCAGAAUAUUCUUUCAUCCCUAGCCAGCCUCAAGACUUUGAAAAAGAAAUAGCAAAAUUACAUCAGCAGCACAUAGGGUUGUCUCCUGCAGAAGCAGAGUUCAAUUAUCUCAAUACAGCACGUACCUUAGAACUUUAUGGAGUUGAAUUGCACUAUGCAAGGAGUCUCUCCUCUCUGUGUUCUGAGAUUGCAAUUUCCUUUCAGGAUCAGAGUAACAACGAAAUAAUGAUUGGAGUGAUGUCAGGUGGAAUACUAAUUUUUAAGAACAGAGUACGAAUUAACACCUUUCAGUGGUUGAAGAUCGUAAAAAUUUCAUUCAAGUGCAAGCAGUUUUUUAUUCAACUUAGGAAAGAAUUGCAUGAAUCAAGAGAAACAUUACUGGGGUUCAAUAUGGUGAAUUACCGAGCGUGUAAGAAUUUGUGGAAAGCUUGCGUUGAGCAUCACACGUUCUUCCGUUUGGACAGACCACUCCCGCCUCAGAAGAACUUUUUUGCACAUUAUUUCACUUUGGGUUCCAAGUUCCGGUACUGUGGGAGAACAGAAGUGCAAUCUGUGCAGUAUGGUAAAGAAAGAGCAAAUAAAGACAGGGUAUUUGCAAGAUCCCCCAGUAAACCCUUGGCACGGAAAGUAAUGAGUGGGAUGGAUUGGGAAGUAGUGAGUAGGAACUCACUGUCUGAUGAUAGGUUGGAAACCCAGAGCCUCCCGUCACGUUCUCCGCCGGGAACCCCAAAUCAUCGCAACUCUGCCUUCGCUCAAGAAGGAGCCCGGUUACGACCCUCAUCCGUUGGACAUUUAGUGGAUCAUGUGGUUCACGCCUCCCCAAGUGAAGUAUUUGUAAAUCACAGAUCCCCAUCCUCCACCCAGGCCAACAGCAUCAUACUGGAAUCAUCCCCGUCUCAAGAGACUCCUAUAGAUGGGCAGCCUCCAGCAUUACCACCCAAACAAUUUAAAAGGAACAGUUGGAACCAAAUUCAUCAUUCACACUCACAGCAAGAACUGGAUAACCAUAUUAAUGAAACAUUUGAUGUUCCUGCAUCACCUGAAAAAUCCACUCCCAAUGGUGGUGUCCCCCAUGACAAUCUUGUUAUGAUCAGAAUGAAACCAGACGAAAAUGGAAGGUUUGGCUUCAAUGUAAAGGGUGGAUAUGAUCAGAAGAUGCCGGUUAUAGUGUCCAGGGUAGCUCCAGGAACACCUGCUGAUCUAUGUGUCCCUCGUUUGAAUGAAGGGGACCAGGUGGUACUGAUCAAUGGCAGGGACAUAGCAGAGCAUACCCACGACCAAGUUGUAAUGUUUAUUAAAGCUAGCUGUGAGAGACACUCAGGGGAACUUGUGCUCCUAGUUCGACCCAAUGCUGUCUAUGAUGUCGUGGAAGAGAAGGUGGAGAGCGAGCCUGAUUUUCAGUACAUCCCUGAGAAAUCUCCGCUUGCUGGUGUCCAUCAGGAUGAUAAUGCUCUGAGGGAAUCCAUGAUUCAGUUAGCAGAGGGGCUCAUCACUGGAACUGUCUUGGCUCAGUUUGAUCAAUUGUAUAGAAAAAAGCCUGGAAUGACAAUGUCUUGUGCCAGAUUACCUCAAAACAUUUCCAAAAAUAGAUACAGAGACAUUUCGCCUUAUGAUGCUACACGGGUUAUUUUAAAAAGUAAUGAAGAUUACAUCAAUGCAAAUUAUAUAAAUAUGGAAAUCCCUUCUUCCACAAUAAUAAACCAGUACAUUGCUUGUCAAGGUCCGUUACCGAACACUUGUCCCGAUUUUUGGCAGAUGACUUGGGAGCAAGGCUCUUCUAUGGUUGUAAUGUUAACAACUCAAGUAGAACGGGGCAGAGUUAAAUGCCAUCAGUACUGGCCAGAGCCAUCAGGAAGCUCAUCAUAUGGGAAUUUUCAGAUUACCUGCCAUUCAGAAGAAGGAAAUCCUGCUUAUGUCUUUCGAGAAAUGACAUUGACUAAUCUGGAGAAAGAGGAAAGCCGCCAGCUAACUCAAAUCCAGUACAUAGCAUGGCCUGAUCACGGGGUUCCUGAUGAUUCCAGCGAUUUCCUAGAUUUUGUGUGUCUUGUGCGAAAGAAGAGGGCUGGCAGAGAAGAACCUGUUGUUGUUCACUGCAGUGCUGGGAUUGGACGGACAGGGGUUCUGAUCACGAUGGAGACAGCAAUGUGUCUCAUUGAGUGCAAUCAGCCUGUUUAUCCUUUAGAUAUUGUAAGAACCAUGAGAGAUCAAAGAGCCAUGAUGAUCCAAACACCUAGUCAGUACCGAUUUGUAUGUGAAGCUAUUUUGAAGGUGUAUGAAGAAGGAUUUAUUAAACCUUUACAAGCAUCACUGCAUAAAUAAAGAGCAAAAAAACCUAUGAUAUCAAUUGAGGAAUCCUGUCCUCUAUAAUGAACUGGCAACAUUCUAUGUGCCAUAAUACUGCUUGCAGGAAAUGAUAGUGAAGUACAGCAAAGAAUUGACAAAGGACUUUGAAAACUUCAGCACUGUUGCACUUUACGUUGAAACAGAAUCAGUCUCUGAAACUCUUCUAACCUUCAUCUGUUUGAAGACACUAUUUUCGUGAUUUGCUCCAAACAAACCAUAAACUGAAAGAACUAAUUGUGUUCAGGGUAAUCUACGAUAUUUCAUUGUAGUGCCAUAUACUGCGCUUCUGGUUGAAUUGCUACAAACAAGGCUUGGAAUUAUUUCACUCUGUUUUACACCCAUUUCUCUUAAAAUGAAAAACAAAUUUUAAAAUACACUAAGCCAUGGUCUUUUUCCAGUGCUAGGUUUAUUUACUAUGUACAGAAUCUCACAGUUUUUAUUUUUACAACAUUAGCAAUAUUGCCAAUACUAGAUAGAUACACACUGCCUACUGAUGCAGCACACUUUGUCCUUCACCCUUCCUAGAGACCAGCUGGUUGUUAGAGGAGAGCUGGCGUCUGUUAACCCAGCAGUAGCUGCAUAAUGCCCACUUACCAGCAUCUUGUACAAAAUAAUAACAAUAAAAAUUUUUAAAAACCAACAUAUAAAUAAACAGCAUUUCUUUGGCACAGCUUGUGUGUCAUACACUGGUGUAUUCUGAUUCGUGUGACUUCAGAUUAUGUGAUGGGAAUUAGUGCAUGCAUUAUGUCUUAACCCCUUAAGUGCCUUGAGACUUACAGCGUACAUCCAGUGAAAGGCACUCAUGAUUCCAUGGGGGUGGUAUUGUCCUGUCAUAUUUAUCUCAAUGGGUUCAGAUUUUUAAAAUGGCCCUUGGUGCUUGGAAUGUGUUACCACAAGGGGUCAUGGAAAUACCAUUCCCUCUUUCCUUAUACAAGUACCUGUGUGCUACUCUCUGUAGCAAAAGCACCUCUGCCAACUUAAUGAAUGAGCAUUGUAUGCUGCUGUGUUGUAAUUACGUGACAAAUCUGACACAUUCCUUCAUUCCUUCCAACUAGUAACUUUUACUAGCGUCUUACUAUGAAAUGCUGGUAGGUCAUUAGAACCUGAUACCUUGUUUUAUCCUUUUAUUGAGAAUAGCUGUUUUACUCAAUUAGACAUAACUCUUUAAUAGCACUGAUAAUUAAGUUGAACUUACAAUCAGAUGUGAUUUAAUUCCAUUACCUUCUAACUAACUUGUUAAGUCCUCAUAGUUGAUUUCAAGCCAUGUUCGUACAGGUCUGCCUUUUAUUUUCUUUUAUUUGUUUGGAGGGGAGAAGGGAGGAGAACACUAUGAAGUUAUCCCAGAAUUUAAUCUUAAUUUCAUAAUUACCCCAAGUCGCCUUCUGUUAUGCUUGUGCAAAAUUGUUCCAGUUGGUAUGGGUUGCUUCUCAUUUAAGUAGUAGAAGAUAUGUAAGAAAUGUCUGUCUGAUACAGUAUCUGAGCUCAUUCUAAAGAUGCACAAGUGUCCCCAUCUUCUAAUACUUUUCUAGUAUAGGAGAAACCAAGUCAGAAGCAAGGUACCCAGUGUAAUAUACUGUAAGAAAAAAACAGUCACUUAUUUGACUGCCCUGUGACAGCAUAACUUUGUGCCCUCUAUUUAAAAGUUUUAAUUUAUUGUAUUGGUUUCCUGAAAAUGUUUAUCCAUUCAAUUUUUUUGUAAGCUAUAUAUAUAGCAUAGAAUUUAAAUCUAAAGUUCUACGCUAAAUAAUUUUUAACUAUUGAAGAAUUAUAUUGUAUAAUAUACUGUGUUCUAUUUGAAACAGAUCAGCUAUGAACUAUUAAAUGAAAAGGGAUUCAGGCAACGUGAAAUCCUGGCUUAUGACUUAGUAGUGAAUAAGAACUACAAUGCCAAAUGGAAGAUAGAGUUUUAAAUAUUUUUAGAAAACAAAAUAAUAUUAGAAGAGCUGUGGCUCUGUUACUUAUAUUUCUAGAUUUCAUGCUUAAGUCAAUGUUAUCCCUCAGUGAAAAAUAAGUUUCACAAGAAUCUCUGGAUCUGAACUGAACUGAAAAAGAGUAAUAUGGUAGCUUUAAUCUCAGUUAUAUUUUAAGCCAUUUGCAACAAAUAAAAAUUCUUUUUUAUAAUUCUUUAGCUUCCACUUGAUGAGGUUAUUAGCUGAGUUGCUGGUUAGUUAGAAAGUUAUAUUGAACUCAGCAUGUAAUGUCCAAAAAGUAAAAUAAUUCAUCCAUUAUACCGAAAGAAAUUUUUUUCUUAGUAUUAAGUUGUAGACAAAAAUAGCAUUUGCCCUGUUAUUCUGAAGAAAAUCAGAAAUGGAGGUUAUAGCAGCAUUGUAUAACAUUGGUAUGUCACAUAUUUAAAUAUUCUUAUGUAAAAUUGCCAUAGCAGUUCGAGUUCAAAAGUCCCAUUUAUACCACAAUAAAGUGUGGGAUAUGUAUUUGUCACCUGUCAUUACUGUUUUGAUUACAAACACAGGCAAGAAUAAUAGGUCUUUUCAAAACUUUCCUCUGCACUGACUUGUAGUUUAUUAACUAGCUGCACUGGGGAAAAAAUUGGAACAAAGUACCUAUUCUUAAUUAAUAGGCCAUCAGCAACUCAGUGGCUUUUGGCUUCUCCAAAGCCAGGAUAAAGGUAACCAAAAACUGCUUGGGAAAGAGAAUAGCACUGAAGCCUUUCUGCACCAUAAAUCAGUCAUUUAAAUUUUUCUACCUGUUGUGGUAUAAAUGGCCUUUAAAAUAUUUUUAUAUGGCCAAAAAAAGCAAAAUUGCUUAAUAUUUUACUUUGGGUUAUGAAGAUCUGUAUCAUCCUUAAGAGUUUUUUAAAGAAGUUUUUGUAUGUUUCAUGCUGUACAAAACAUGAAUGUAUCUUUCAGACAUAAUGACUUAUAGACCUGUAUGUGAUUGGUGUUAUGACUGUUGGAUUUUAUGAAUAAUUAUUUUCAUACCAUUUGAUUAGGAAAAAUGUUGGGUGGGUGUGGGAAAGAGUAUGUUUCUAACACUUCCAUUAUACAAAUCCAGUUUAAAAAGAAAAAAGUAGUUUUCAUUGUAAAUAAGAGCAAUAUUAUGACAAUUUUGUGCCAAUCUUAAUUGUUAAGAUUUUUGUUUUUACUUUUAGGUUCAGAUUGAAAACUACCACUACUAUCUCUUGUUUAAAAUGGAUUUGGAAGGGUUUCUUUAGUAGAAAGACAUGGGGCUCUAGUGGGGACUUUGAGUGUUUUUUGGGAGCAUUUUUUAUUUUUGCUAAAUAUGAAAUAAGGUACAAGUAUUGUUUAAUAAACCACCUACAGAUUGUCAGCCAGUCCAUUUUGAGAAAUACUGCAUUAGAUAUCCCAGAUAACUGAGAGCUAAAAAAUUAAUUUGUCCUGAAUUUGGAAGCAUUUGGUAUUUUAAAUCACUUGUAGGUUUUAAGCAUUAAACUACUGCUUUUAUUAAUUUUAUUUUAAUCUAUUCUCUCCCAGUUAUGAAAAAGAGAACAUCUGGGUUUUUUUCUCUUUAGAUUUAGUGCUAGCUGACAUUUCUUCCACAUUUCUGUGUUAAAUCUUGAAAGCCUAUAUGCCAUGUAGAUAUAGCAAUAACACUUCUUCUACAAUAUCUGAUUACAGUCUGGCACACCAUCUAGUAAAAAAAGGUGAGAAAGCAGUUGGGACAUUAAGGAACAUGAGGAGUUUGUUAUAGAACUUGUGUAGCUGGCAACUUUCCCAUGGAGACCUUCCAGAAAGCUUCAUGGUACCUGUGGAAGGGCCAAAAUGCAGCAGAUGUGCUGCAGUUGUGCUGCCCAGGGAAACAGGAAGAAGGAAGGUCUGGCAUAGAGAUGUUGGAGCUCCAGGUAUGCUGUGGAGCUGAAUUAUGUGAUAUUUUUAUGCUUAUGCAGUGUGUGUGCAGGUGUGUGGGCGAUGUUUGAUGGCUCAGGGAAUUAGCAUGAGCAUGAAAAGCUCUACAGAUCCACCAAUUUCCAAGCAAAAGAAGGUUGUCCAGUAGAUAUGCUGUAGUUUUGACUGUAGAGCCACUAUGCAGGCAAUCAGCAAGCCCUGAUGAUAAAAGGAGUGAUUUGGUCAUGGUCCACAUGAAAAUUUUGCAUAUUUGGACUUCCACCAAGUAGAGGAAUGGCGUCCUCUAAUAUCAGUUGCAGUGUUUUUUAGCUCACAUCUCAGGUCCCCAGUUGGCUGAAUUGGGUGCAUUUGCCAAUUUUAGUGCCAUCUUUUGUUUUGAGACUGAAAAAGUUCUUUCCCAUUGCUUCUAGUGCUGGUAUCUAGUAUUAAGAUCUGGUAAAAACAUUUUCAUUAACUGUGGAUCUUGCAUGAAUGUGUAGGGAUUUAUAAUUAGUGGUGAUUGGGAAGAUGUUAGGAGGAGGAAAUAGUUGGCUUGUUUCAGUGUAACUGUUCUGUCCAAUCUCUGUUAUCCCACUGCACUUAGUCACUUGUUUGUUUAGAAGUCUGCAAAGAAGACAAGUUCCUUAUUACUAGAUUUUACCUCUGUGCUUGUUACUCCACAGGCGUCUAUCUUUUCACAAGGCUUCUCCCACUACAAGUUUUGAUCUGGUGCCUAAGCUGUAAGUCCUGGCUCUUGGCUUUGGUAUUUCUUCCUCAUCAAGAUCUCAAUCGUAAAAAGGAGAGAUAAACUACUUGCUUUCUAAAAAAUGCUGAAAUAUUCUAUUUUUUAAAUUCAGGUGUUUUGAUUAGUAGCCUCAUUUUAAAAAGCCACUAAAAUAUCUGAUUCUAGUCUGCUGUAGCAAGAACAGUGGUUCAUGGACUGGCUGGCAGCUUGUUGGUUGUGGUAUUUCAUAUUUAGCAAGCUUACACAUUUUAAAAGAUAAUUUUUUCAAAGUGUUUUCAUGUUUGAAUAGUAGCACUUUAUCUCAUGCUUACUACUGACUGAACUAUUGGACAAAAUAAAUUGGGUUUGGAGAGAGAUGCUUAAUGGGUUUCUGUACAGAGAUGAUUUGGAUUACACCCUGGUACAAAUGCUUUCUUGAUUAUUCAUGUGUUUCUGAGGGAUUUUCAGAAAAUAGAUAUUGAUAACAUAAUUCUAUCAUCUCAAUUUUCCUGUCUUAAUAUGAAUAUGAAGCCUGCAUUUGGGAAAAAAACAAAAGAAAAAAAGAAAAAAAAAGGUGCAAAAUAGAAACUACAGGGUACUUGUAAAUUUAUCUCUGUGAUCUCUCUCAGCUAGCUCCAAAUUAUCUAUGUUUACUGUAAAUGUUUCUGCUAAGCAUUAUUUUUAACAUUAGAUCAAUUACCUGGAAAUCAGUAUUCUUUUUUUUUUUACUUAACUUAUUUGAAUUUUGAUAACUAAAGAUAAUGCACAACAAAGUUUAAGGAAGUUGUCACCCUUUUGCACCUAGGCCAGGGGCCUGAGACAUGAGUGAAAGGGUUAAGCUGGUUUUUCUUUAACUAGAAUAUAUCCACAAGGACUAGACUAUAAAUGAUCCAGUGCAAUUAUCUCAGUACAUUGGGGCACCACAGUAACAACCCAUAAUAAUUUACAGGAAAAUUAAGGUAAGAGAAUGAAGGUUUUAUCUUAUCCAGUGUAUCCAAUUUGUUUUCCAUUUGGUUUGCUUCAUUUACCAGUGAUCCCAUUUCAACCAGUCAAUUUGGCAGGGCUGUUUGUGUAAGGUUUGGGGUUUUUUUCUGUAACAGGUGCUAUACUAUAUGUAAAUACAAAGGGAAGAGUAUUAUUUAGAUGAUUAUUAACAAUCAGAUGGUGGCAAUAUUUCUGCCAGUUGAUUCUGGUUAUUAAUUUGCAUUUCCAGCUCUGUGGCUUUCAGUUGUCAAAUUUCAUCUCAGUUUUGUACUGCUGAAUGAUGGACUGCAAGUGUGGAGUAAAUCAUCUCAGAGUUGAACAGCUCUUUUGUUGUUUGGACUAACUCUUGUGUAUCUUUUAUUAAUAGUGGGGAGAUGCAAAUGCUCUUCCCAUAAGUAGAAUUCUGCUUAUAAAUUUGUUUAAAAGCACAUGAGGGGGAGGGAAAAAACAAACCAACAACCUAAAUGCUCCAUCUUGGCUAAGCAGCCAGGCAGGUUGAUGGAAAACGAUGGAAACUUGAAAAUGGUCAACACUGGACAAUGUGAAAAUAAAUUCAGCUUUUGUCACUGCAGCUACUGUAUGCUUUAAAGGGCCUUAUGUAUUUGUCCUCAUUUUGAUAAAAUGAAAUUUCUUGCCAUUAAAAUGAUACACUAACUUCUACCGAAAACCAGCAGUUCCCAGGAUAAAUAUGCUAAUUAACAUUUAACAAGUCUUGUUUUAGUCUUAAGUAAAAUUUCAUUCUAUUAUGUGAAAAAAUGCUGUUAUGCAUAUUUUGUGGAUAUAUUUAAUUUCAGUUGACAAAUAGUUGUCUAGGUACAGACUUGAAAAUAUAUAUAUAGUUUACUUGUGGAUCUUAAUUGUUUAAUUGCAAAAUAAAGAUGUGCUUUAGUAAUUUAAA